AUGGCCAAUAUUGACGCGACGCAAACACCCACUGCGGAGGGUGUGGACCCUAUAAUUGAUGAUGGUGACGAAUUUGAAUCGAAGGAAAUUCAGCUCAUGAAGCAACGGGUCGAGGAAAUGGAACGUGAAGCAAAAAAACUGAGGGAGCUGCAGGCAGCUGCAGAGUCGGCAAAUGGAGGAUCUGCUACUGAGGCGGACCAAGGUGUUCCGAUGGAGACUGAGGAAGAAAAGUCUAUCGCCGACGGCCGGAGCGUAUUUGUUGGCAAUGUGGACUAUGGGGCAACCCCAGAAGAGAUCCAAGCGCACUUCCAGGCUUGCGGGACGAUCAAUCGUGUAACUAUUCUGUGCGACAAGUUCACCGGACACCCUAAAGGGUUCGCAUAUGUCGAAUUCGCCGAGCUUGAACACAUAGAUGCAGCAUUAGCUAUGGACAAUUCCUUAUUCCGUGGACGAUUAAUAAAAGUACUUGUGAUGCUUUCCGAGCAUCACGGACUAAUGUUCCUGGUUUCAACCGGGGGAGAGGGCGGGGAAGUGGUUACCGCGGUGGAUAUCGAGGUGGUCACCGUGGUGGGUACGGGUACAGCCCCUAUAGAGCACGCGGCAGAGGGCGCGGGCGUGGAUUCUAAUUGCAAAACUGAGGACCUUGACGCGCACAGCGUCAGCGCGUGUGUGGCCCUUCGUAUCCUAACAUUCGUCAGACAUUUGUCGAGCAAUACUACGGUAUAUCCUUUCUCGAAGGCUGUCAUACUUCCGCCGCCGUCGCCAGCAAUACCUGCUUCCCAGAUGGAGGCUUUGCGCCAAGGGAAAGGCAUAAUGGCUUACUUGCAAAAAAGUCUCCCGCAUCCUGCAAAACAAAAAUGGCUUGCUACAUGGUUUGCCAGAAGACAUCCGGACCGACUUCUUCCUGGUUCGGUACUGUCGGUCAGCCUCGAGCAUGCACCUACUACUUUCUCUGGGGUUCUGCUGUCCAUACGACGGCGGGGCCCUGACACAUCCUUUAUCCUGCGGAAUGUCAUACAACGGACAGGCGUGGAGAUGCAGUUUUUUGUUAAUUCGCCGCAUGUGAAGGAUAUCAAAAUUUUGCAGAGAGCUGGUGGCAGAGGUGGAAAGGAGGGAAGACGACAGCGACGGGCCAAAUUAUUCUUCCUCAGAGACACACCAGAGAAGAUGACUGCUAUCUCUGCGGGUGUGAAGUCCUGA